GCCGACUCCUUUUUUUACGCUCCUCUGCCAUUUCCACCCUCUUGGAGUUGGAGGGGAGCACGCGCCGAAGCGACAGCGCGAGGUCGAGCAGGUGAAGCGAGUGGGGAGGGAGGGAGAUGGCGGGGGGCGGGGGCGCGGGGAGUAAGGUGUCGGUCGCCGCCGUGCAGUUCGCCUGCACCGACGUCGAGUCCGAGAACGUCGACACCGCGGAGAGGUUGAUAAGAGAAGCUCAUAAGAAAGGAGCAAACAUUGUCCUUGUUCAGGAACUGUUUGAGGGGCAGUACUUCUGUCAAGCUCAAAGGUUGGACUUCUUUCAACGUGCUAAGCCUUAUAAAGGGAACCCAACUAUAAUCAGGUUUCAAAAACUUGCAAAGGAGCUGGAAGUUGUAAUACCUGUCAGCUUUUUUGAGGAGGCGAACAAUGCACAUUACAAUUCAGUAGCCAUUAUUGAUGCUGAUGGCACUGAUCUUGGCCUGUACCGCAAAUCACAUAUUCCAGAUGGACCAGGUUAUCAAGAGAAAUUUUAUUUCAAUCCUGGUGACACCGGCUUCAAGGCUUUCAAAACGAAGUAUGCUACAAUUGGUGUUGGAAUUUGUUGGGAUCAGUGGUUCCCAGAGUGUGCAAGGGCCAUGGUGCUUCAGGGGGCUGAAAUUUUGUUCUAUCCAACUGCAAUUGGUUCUGAGCCCCAGGAUAAUAACCUAGAUUCCCGAGAACACUGGAAGCGCGUCAUGCAAGGACAUGCUGGUGCUAACCUGGUUCCCCUUGUUGCUUCUAACAGGAUAGGAAGGGAAACCGUUGAGACUGAGCAUGGUGAAAGCACUAUAACAUUCUUCGGGAAUUCAUUCAUAGCAGGGCCAACCGGUGAAAUUGUGAAGCUUGCAAAUGACAAAGAUGAAGACGUUCUUGUAGCAGAGUUCGACUUGGACGAGAUCAAGUCUACCAGGCAUGGUUGGGGGAUAUUUAGGGACCGGCGUCCUGAUCUAUAUAAAGUGCUUCUAACAUUGGAUGGCGAGAAAUCAUGAUAAGGUCCACCUUUGUGGAGUCAUCUAUCCUUGAAAAGGUACAUGAGCUCCACAACAUUGGGAGGACAUACACAGGGUCCAUAAAUGCUGCCACUACAAUCAUGGUAGAUCACCCCUCUUCCCUUCUCAGGAAUCUCUGUUGUACACGGCUUCUCUGUGUUUGCUGCUUAGUGAUUUUUCACCAAUUUCCGAUUCCACAAUAAAAUGCUCGUGGUGUGUCGUUCUGGCAGACAAUUGAGAAUAUAACAUAUUAAAACCUCUAUGUUAUGCACCACAAUGUUUCUUUUUUUUUUGAGGGGUACACCACAAUGUUUCUCGAAUCAUUUUGUUUUUGAAACUGGGUUUCUUGAAACAUUUCGAUCUGAAACGGAGUUUCUGAUAA